AGGUUGGUAUUUAGGUGACAUCUCUUUUGUGGUAAGCCUUACAAGACUUGAAAUUCUUGACUUGCAAGGUAGUAAAUUUGAAAAACUUCCAAAUGGAAUUGAAUAAUUGAAGAAGUUGAAGUUGCUGGAUUUAUCAACAUGUACAAUGGAUGAGUGUUGUUAUGAAGUAUUAGGGAGUUGUUUGCAGCUAGAAGAGUUGUAUGUUUAUCCACAUUCUCCGCAUCCAAAAGGCAAAAGUUGCUAUGACUAUACUUUGGCGAAAUUGAAAAGGUACAAGUUAGAAAUGGGGGAUCAUGGCUAUGGCAAUGAAUUUUGGAAUGAAGGCACACAAUCUUUAUGCUUGGGUAAGCUAAAUGUCUCUAUCUUAGGUGAAAUAAUCAAGGAUCUUGCACAAAGGGCAACUUCAGUUAAAUUUUACAAGCUUCAAGGAGGCUGCAAAACUUUCAUUCCUAAUAUAGUUCAAGCUGUGGGAGGCAUGAAUGAAUUAACUAAACUCCAUCUUCAAUGCUGUUCAGAGAUAGAUUGCAUUAUUGAUGAAACUACUCUUUGUAAUGAUGUGGUUGUCCCAAAAUUGGAUGAGUUAAAAUUGACGGAUAUGGCUAAUCUAAAACAACUAUGCCGUGGUCCUUCUCCUCUUAGCUUGUUCCAAAAGCUUGAAAGUCUAAGUAUAUCCAAUUGCCCUCAGUUGCUCCACAUAUUCCUUGUCUCUGUUGCUCGCACUCUGUUGUCCUUGAAGAAGCUCGAGAUAAAGGAGUGUAGUGAAUUGAAGAAUGUAUUAGAGGGAGAGGAAGAACAAGCAUUGCAUGAUCAAAUUGAGACUCCGAUAGAGCUCCCUCACUUGGAACAUCUCAACCUAAAAAAUCUUCCAAAUCUUGUCAGGAUUUGCUCAAAAAGGUAUCAUCUAAGGUGCCCAUCUCUAAAGGAAGUAGUCUGCUGGGAUUGUCCAAAUAUGGAAUUGCAGGAAUUUAAGGGCCUUCAUUUGAGGAAUGAAGAAUACAAGCCAUUGGCAGUUAUUGAAGAGAUUUAUCUUCAUAACUGUACGGUAGAAUGCAAUUUCUUCUGUCAGACUGGGAUUGAAGAACAUAUUCCAACAUUUCAAUACCUUGAAUCUUUAACUUUGAAAAGAUGUGCAAGAUUGAAAUUUGUGUUCUCUGCUCAUAUUUGUCAAAGUCUUCUGAUGUUAUGGAAGGUAACUAUAUCUGACUGUGAGGAAUUGGAGGCAAUUUUUCUAGGAAAUGAAGAAAAUGAGAAGAAUGUAUUCAUAACUGAAGCUUGUCUGCCGAAAUUGAGGAUUUUGGAAAUCGAAAGCUGCAACAAGCUGAAAUUUGUUUUAUCUUUCAUGAUCAAGGUUGCUACCUCGAUGCUUCCACAACUAAGCACUUUGACCAUAUUAAAUUCUUCUCAGCUGGAAGAAAUUUUCAGAUGCUCUAAUAUUGAAGAUCAUGACAUUGACAAUGAAAUGGAGAUUAUGUUCCCAAACUUGAAACAAGUAACACUUGUAAAGCUUCCAAGACUUGUUAAUGUUCGCCAACGGUUUAAGUUGCAGAGAGGGGAAUUUUGCAACGUCUACAUCCGUGAAUGCCCAAAAUUUAUGCCAAUCACGAGUGCAACUAUUAGGUGGACUAUAGAGGGACUUGAAAGGCAGUAUGUGUUGAAAUGGAGCCAAUUAAAUAAUAAUGAAGCUCUCAAUCUUUCACUCCCUGUUUUAAUUGUUGGAGAACUUGAUAUUCAAAGUCCUAAAGUUGACGAUGAGGUUGAAGUCAGGGGUGAUGAUGACCAAGAAGAAACCAAGGACUCAGAAAUGUUGAGAUCGGAACAACGAAUGCUUGAAGGUUUUGUUCCCACACAAGUUUUGAGCUUUCAAUAUCUUCAUUCCUUAAAAAUGGUUCGAUGCAAAAAGUUGAAAUUUUUAUUCUCAAUAAGAACCAUUGUUCAUAACAGCCUUUCCAAUUUGAGUUUCCUGACUUUAUGUGACUCUGACGAAUUGGAGGAAAUAAUUCAAGACAAUGAGGAAUAUCAGGUCAUGUCUAAUGAUCGAGUUCACUUCCCAGAACUAAGAUGGUUGGAGGUUAAGAGGUGCGACAAGCUCAUAAGACUCUUCCCUAUAUCCAUGUCCACUAGUUUUCCACAACUAUACACUUUGUGUAUAAAUGGGGCUGAUCAAUUAGAGGUGAUUUUUGGAGAUAGCAGUGAAGAUGCAGCCAACUACAGUGGGAAAAUUGUGCUUUCAAGCUUGAUCAGGAUGGAGCUUGAAAAUUUGCCAAAUUUCAUCAAUGUUUAUCAAGGGAUGCAAAAUCUUCAACAAUUGGGAACAAUUUCGACACGGGAAGGGGAACUUUGCGAAGUUAAGGUUCAUGAAUGCCCAAAAUUUAUGCCAAUUACGAGUGCAACUAUUUGGUGGACUGAAGAGAGACUUGAUGGGAUAUAUGAGUUGAAACGGAGCCAAUUAAAUAAUAAUGAAGCUCUUAAUCUUUUACUCCCAAUUUUAAAUGUUGGACAACCUGAUAUUCAAAGUCCCAGAGUUCACCAUGAGUUUCAAGUCAUGGGAGAUGACUACGAAGAAGAUGAUGACCAAAAAGAAACCGACGACUCAAAAAUGUUGAGAUCGGAAGAGCAAAUGCCAGGAGGUCUUGUUCCCACACAAGUUUUAAUCUUCCAAUAUAUCCAUUCCUUAAAAAUGACUCGAUGCAAGAAGUUGAAGUUUUUAUUCUCAGUAAGCACCAUUGUCCAUAACAGCCUUCCCAAAUUAAGUUCCCUUUCCUUAUCUGAUUGUGAGGAAUUGGAGGUGAUUUUUGGACAUAGUAGUGAAGAUGAAGCCAACUACAGCGAGAACAUCAUGCUUUCAAGCCUAAAGAAGAUAGAGCUUAAAAAUUUGCCAAGUUUCAUCAGUGUUUGUCAAGGGAUGCAGAUUCAAGUGCAACUGAGUAACAUCUGCAUAGACAACUGCCCCAAAUUUCUUGAUUCAAGUUUGGAAUUGGCUCUUCAACAAUUGGGAACAAUUUUGUUCUCGCAGGUUUCUACUGAAAAUUCAAAAUUCCAACCUAUAGCAGAUGUUAGAAGACAAUUGCCUGUAGAUGAAGAAAAAGGGAUGAUCUUGACCUCAAGCGUAAAAUCCUUGCGUUUGAUUGCUUCAGGGAGCCUCGUGUGUGUAUGGGAGGGUCCCACUUUCAUCAGCUUCCAAAAUCUUAGUUCGUUAGAGGUGAAAGGAUGCAAGAAAUUGAAGUGUAUCUUUUCCAACACUGUCAUCAGAAGCCUUCCAUGUUUGCGGUAUCUAAACAUGUCAGACUGUGAAGAGCUGGAGGAAAUAAUGUCAUCAGAGCCUCACUUUCCAAAUGCAUCCUCUUCUUCCGUCUGUUGCUUCCCACAACUUCAACAGCUUUGGGUCAGUAAAUGCAGAAAGUUGAAAUGGCUCUUCCCCUCUCUGCCCUCUACUCAACAUCUUCCACUGUUGGGAUGUCUAGACAUAACACAGUGCUCUGAGCUGGAGGGAGUUUUUAGUCGUGAAGUUGAAAUCCAAGAGGAAUGGUUCUACGACAGCCCACUUCCAGAGCUAUUCAAACUUGUAGUUGAGGGUUGCCCCAUGUUCUCCGAAACCACACUCGCUGCUCUUCGAACCUCCAUACGCAGUCGAAGAAGGCGGUAACGACAAUAAAGCGAAGCCACAGAUGAUGACAAACAUGACUCUUACUAUUACGGAGGUGGAUAUGAAUUCGAUUAGUAUUUGUGAUAAUUGUCGUCCAAUUUUUGUAUCCUUCGUUUUCACGUAAAUUAAGAUUACCAUUUCAUGUACUCCUUUAAUAUCUUCAAUCGCUUUCUACUUCGCACGCCCAGAGACACAAGAAGAAGUUUAAUAUAUGUGAUUUUGAACAAAUAGUCUUAACAAGUACAUUCUGACUUUGACUACUCUAUUUUUAUGUGAAUAUAAUAAUCGUUGAUUCA